AUGGCAAUAUAAAAUUUUUAAAAUAAUUUUUAAUUAAUACUAAAAAAUUUUAAAUUAUUUAGAUUAAGUUGUUAGUUAGAUAGAUAGACUUAAGUAAAUGAAAAAGUAGAGAACACUUAAUUAUUACAGAUUAUAAAUUUGGUAUAUCUGGUUUUAAUUUGUUUGAUAAAAAAUAAUUAUACAAAUAAACAAACAACCAAUCUGAUCUUUAAAUCUGAUAAAUUGAUUAAAUAAAGUGAAUUGGAUUAGAUAUUAAAUAGUUAAUAGAUAGUACGUAGAAUCAAUAAAUAAAUAAUAAUUUAUUUGGCAGAUAUUAAUAAAGUUAAAUAUUUUUUGAAUAAAACAAACAAUAAGAAUAACUCAUUUUAGCAAAUAUCAUAUCAUAUCAAUAAAUCAAUCAAUAUAUAGAGAAUCUUUAAUAAUUACUUAAAUAUAUUUCAGGCAUUAAAAAUACACAAAAAAUUGUUAAAAAAGAAAUAGAAGAAAGACAACAAACAAAGCAAGCAAAAAUUAAUAGAUCAAUUUUUAAAUAAAAUGGAAGUAGAAAAGGGUAAAUAAGGAGAAACAAAUCAGGAUUAAGAGAAAAAAAAUGAAAAUUUAGUAAGCAAAUAGGAUUAAAGCAACAACUAAAAUAAGUGGCAUUCUUUGAGGAAAUAUCUCAAUAACUAAUUUCCUUGCAAUAAUAAGGAUUUAUUUGAUUCUGAAAAAGAGGAAUUAACAUAGAAGUUUGACGAAUAAGUCAAAAAUAUUUUUAAUGAGAGAGAUUUAAAUAAUGAAUUUACAUCUUUAGGCAGAAAGCGUUCUAAACUGCAAUUGCUUUAUGGCAUAAAUAAUUAAGUAAAACAGCGCUUUUAAGAAACAAUGUUCUAUUUGGCUAUUGAAGAAUAGUAUAUGAAGUUAGAACCUCUUAUUGCGUAUCCUUUCAAUAGUAAUUCUACACUCAAUUGGUAGCCUUUCUGGAACUUGGUUCUUAAAAUGAUAUUCAAAAACGAUCUUUAGAACACAAAUCUCCAAGAAGCAGUUCUUCCAGAAACUAUCAACUUCCUCUAAGUCAUCAAGAAAAUUCGCCAAAAAUUUGAUGAUAGUUCUAUUUAAGAAGUUUACGACUUGUACAAAAAGCUGCGAUUAUCAAAUAGCGGAUAACUCUCGUUGCUUUUAGUGAGAUACUUUUUAAAAAUAUCUAGGAAUACUCCUAAAGAAUUAUAUUAGUAAAUAUUCUAAGAGUUCACUCUCUAAUUAAGUUACGAUUAGCCUAUCAGAAACAGAUUAGUUAUGCUCACCAUCCUCUAUAAUUUAGCAAAAGCUCAUCCAUAGCUAGAUUGGGAGAAUUAGUAUGAUUAAAUUUUCACAUUUAUCUCUAGAUACUAUAUACAAAGAAUGCCUUUAGGUUUUACUUACUAUUAGCCUUAGUAAAAAUUGUACUAUCUUUCUAUAUACAAUCCAUAGACUUUGAUUAUGAGUCUUUUGAUAGCUUUGAUAGCACCUGAGACUGAAAAGGAAAAGCAUGAAAAAAUAUGGAAAAAUAUUCAUAGACUUUUCAAUCUGAUAAAGCAAUAUUUACAUCCUAAUUACGAUAAUACUCCGACAAUUAAAUUCCUCUUUUAGCAAUUCUAAUAAUUUGUAUCAACUUUCAUAUGGACUCACGGCGAGUAGCAAAAAUAAAUCAAUAACUUAGAGAAAUAAAAGGCCAAAUUAGAAAGAAAGAUUAAGAUUUUAAAUGCUGCUUAAAAGUAAGACGAGUAGCUAGUUUCUUAGCAAGGACUACCUGGAGAUGAGCAAGAUGAAUUGAAAGAUCAAAAUAUAGAUACUGAGUUGUUAAAUGAAGAUGAAGGUGGAAACAUGUAAAUGGAAAAGGGUAUGGACUAGUUUAAGUCAUAGGCUAUGGAUUACGAAGGAAAUGAUAAUCCUCAAAUGCAAAAUAUUCAAGCUAGAGUUGAAGAGGAUGAAGUAGAUGAUGAAGAUGAAAACGAAGAUUCAGAUGAUGAGCAAGAAAAAUUCGAUAAGUUUGUAAACGAGUUCUCUGAAAAAGCUUAAAAUGAGCAAGCAGAAGAAGUAGAAAAAUAUCAAAAAAAGCUACAAACAGUUAUUGAAAAGUUGAAUGUAAAAAAGUAAUUUGCCUUCGAUAAUGCUUGCAAAUAGUAGUUUGAAUCUAUUAUUGAAGCUAAUUUAAUUAACAUAUUGGGAAUAAACGACCAGAGUGGCAACAUUCUCCCUUAAAUUUGCAAAGAUUUGUGUUAUUUUAAUCCUAGCAAAUUCAUUCCAAUCAUCUUGGACAAUAUUUAUGAGGCUUUCGAAAAACCUGAUAUGAAUUACUCAACUGCAAUCAGUGUUUUAACUUCAAUAAUUAUCCCUAUGGUAGACAGAACUAACUACAAGUAAGGUCUCUAUCAAAUCCCAACUCUAAUGAAGAAAGUCCUUGAUAUUUUCAACACCAGCAAUUUCUAGUUAUCAGUAAAAAUGUGGAAGUUAUUCGAUUAGAUUUUCCAAGUUGUUCCUAUUUACAACGUAGAUGAUUUGCAAGAAGCCUACAUGGAAAAAAACCCUGGAAAAUCAUAUAGCGAUUUCUAUCAAGAUUUAAACAAAGAUGAAGAAAUAAACAUGAUAACAUUUUAUGAGUAGCUCCAUGAUGUUACCUAUAACAUAUUCUAAAAGUUCUUAAGCAUCUUUGAGCAUAUUGACAUGCCCAGAUCUAAAAAUACUAGAGGAUUUAGAGCAGCUGUGAUAUCUGUUCUAAAUUUCUUCACAUCAAUAGCGUUUUCAACAUCUAAAAAGCUAUUUAAGCAAUUGUGGUCUCAUGCAUUCUAAUGCAUCACAGAUAGAUAACAGCUUCAUGCAUCUAAAUUUUAUAGCUACUUAAUACACUCAUUCACUUUACGUGAUCCUUAAUUAGUUUUAUAAAGCAUGAUUCCUUACUUAUUUGAUCACAUCUUGAUAAAGAGAGAAAAUCCUGAUUUGACAGAAAUAGAAAAGCAGCCUCUUUACUAUUUAUUAUAGCAAUAGCCAAACAAGGACCAUAUUCUCUCUUAUCAAAUCGAGAGUAUAAACUCUAAUUCACUAUUCUGGUAUCUAAACUUGCUUGAAGAUACCAUAUUCUUUGGCAGAUAAGAGAUCUUAAAAUACAAAACAGAAAUCGAAACAAUUAUUUUCCUUUGCUUUGUUCAUACAGAAACCGAAUUUUCUAAAAAGGCUUGCCAGUUGCUUUAAAAAAUAUUCCAUUCUCUUAUUACUUUUUACCCUUCAGAAAUGUUUAUUUGGAGCGAAAAUGAAAUUGAAGAUGAUCUUAAUUUUAAGGAAAUGUACCAUAGAUACAUUGGCUAGAGCAGUAAGAAGAAAUUCAGUAUGAAAUGGCACGAACCUACUGCUGUUGAGGUUGAAUACUCAAAGGAGUUAUUCUUUAGAAUAUAUAAUCCUAUUCUAAAUCAUUUCAAUAACAAUCAUUUCAAGAAUUUAGAACCUAUUGAUGUUGACAAUAAUUUCACAUAGAUACUCGACGCAACUAUGCAUGCUCCAGAUGAUGCUCCCAGAAGUCUUAAAACAGAAUUAUAGAGGUCUAUCAUGUUGCUUUUCCAUCUUUAUAGCUCAAUAGCUACAAGACUAAAAUGGGGAAUUGAUGAAUAAGAUGGAAUAUACAAAAAAUUUAGUUCUACAUUCUGUCUUCCUGAGUAUGAUAAUAUAAAUAGUGAAAUGAUAGAUUUUAGUGAAAAUAUGAUCAAUUUCAUGAUAAAAAAUAAUCUAUUUUACGACAGCAAUGUUGCUUAAGUUUAUCUAUCUCUGAUAUUAUUUAUUUUAGGAAAUGAUGACUAAACUGGUUACAUUAAUGGUAUCAAAAAUAAGCUCAAAGAAUUAAAGAAUUAAAAUUCAAAUCCUUAUAGAUCAUAUCAAGGAUAUCCAAGAUUUGUAGAAGUUACUUCAGUUACAACACAAUUCAACACUAAAGUUAUUUUAUAUACUUUUGACACUAAAUUGAAUGACAAACAUUCCAAAUUGCUUAAGCCACUUCUAUUUUUGAUACUCCACCCUUACUAAAAGAUUAGUGAAAAAUCUAUCAAUAGCUAUUUGAUGAUGGCUGAUCUGCUCAAAAAUAAAAGUUAUUAUAUUCAAAGCUUGAAAACAUUCUGCUCAUUCUUACAGGCCAAAUUGAGCAAAAAGAGCAAUGAUUUCUUCCCUAAAGUAAUUGAAGAAUGCAAAGAAAAGGAUCCAAAGCUAGUUCCUAUGCUUAGCACAUAUUAGGACAGAACUAUUUCUUCGUUAAUAGUUUUGAAUUUUGUUGCAAAGAAAUUCGAUUAAGAUUAUGCUUUCGUAGUGGAUACUUUGAUGUCAAUUGUAGAAUCUUACAAUAUCUUUUUAUCUAAAGACUUAAAAGAUAAGAUAAUUGAUAUUCCAUUAAAUUAACUAAUGCACUUAGUAACUAAACUCAAAAAGUUGGAUAUCGCUUACAAUUAACCAAUUUAAAAGCUGGGAAUUUACAAGGAAAAAAGCUAGGUUCUCUAGGAAAUUCUAUAGCAAGACAAUAAAGAAAGAACUCACUAAUUAUAAGGAGAGCAAAAGAUGCUUUAAAUAAAGGCACUGAUUAAGUAGCUCUAUGAUAGAUGCUUGUUAAAUCUAGAAGACCCUACUGUCUUCUCCAAAGAAAAGAUUUUUAUGAUCAUAAUCGCAAUGAAAACUGCAAACUUUACAGAUGCCAACGACGAAAGAUUUAAAAAAAUAUUAGAAAAUGCAAUUAAUUUCACUAAUUAUGACAAUCUUCAUUCUCGUAAUAUAGGCAGAGCAAUGCUUUUUAAGUGCAUUCGUACACUCAAAAACCAGUACAAAAAAAGGGAAGAAAAAAUUACAAUCGAAGACGAUUAUGUUAAAGAUUAAAAUAAGCCUCUUGAAGAAUUAAGUGCAUAUUUCUUGUUUAAAAAGGAAGAUAUUGAAGAUAAUUUCUAUACAAAUAGACAUCAAGACUUUAUCCUCUACAAAAAAUCUACAACAUAUUUAGAACAUAAGAAGGAUAUUAUUUUUUACUAAAAAUUUUCUGAUAAAGAAUUUUUGAAUACCUUCCUUGAGCAUAUUCUGAAUGAUAUUACGACACAUACUAUGGCUGAAUAAUCUCUAAAGCCUAAAAAUAUUUUCAACACUGCAGAUUUGAUAUUCUAAUAAGAAUUUGUGAAGAAUUUCAAGAAAAAGAAUUUCUUUAGCGAUGGGCCAUCAUUUUUCCAUAUGAAACUUCUUAAAAAGAUAUUUGGUUUACUUGGUAUGCAAUUUUUCGAAGUUGCCAAGGUUCAUUUAGAGAAAUAUAAGAAUGACUACUCAACUCUUGAAGGAUCUACUAUCAUGAAUGUACUCACUUUCAGUUGUUUACUAGGUAUUUUCUAAAUAGAAUAAGACGCUACUGAAUAAGAGAAAGAAGAGACUUAUAAGUAUUUAAUGGAGAUAGUUAUCGACAGAGCAUACUAACUUAACUUAGAAUAAUUUGCUUAUUUCAUGAAAUACUUAGAGACAGUGAUUGAAAGUAUAUCUUUUAGAGAAUCUUAGAGAAUUCUUGAUGACAUCUAUAAAUCUCCUAAACUAGGUAAUUAGUAGGAUCCUAAGUACUAACGUUAUCUUUAUACAAAGCUCCUCUAACUAAAUAAAUUCAACAUAAAAAAUUAAGAAAUCUUGGAAGGGUUAAUUAAUGAAUUAAAAACUGUUAAUCCUUUGUCUAUUCAAUAACUUCCUAUAUACAAUCUAGUUCACAACGCUGUUUGGUCUUAUCAUUAGAUUUCGAUUGACUUUAACUUCUGUAAAAAGUACAACAUAAUUAAAGAUAUUGACUAAUUAGUAGAACAAGGAAGGUUGAGAAAAAUUGACUCAUUCCAAGCUAUUAGGAUUAAUCCUCAAAUAAAUUAAAUUUAUGAUUUCAUUCUAAACCAAUUAAACUCAGAAGAUCCUGAGGUGAAGAAGAAAUAUUACCGUCUUGUAAAAGUCUUUUCAUCGAUUUUCAAAGAAGAUCAUCUCUUCAAAACAGAAAUCUAUAAUUCAAUGAAAAGCCUUUUCCCUUACUUCAUAGAAUUCAAAGAAGAAGAUAUUGCUGAUGCCUAACUUGUUUAAGAAUUUUGGUCUAAUUUGAUCUUCCUAUCGAUUCCACUUUAUAACAAAGAAACAGUAUUAGAAUUGCUAGAAUUAUGCUACAAAAACUUUAAAAACACUAACUGGAGAAUUCGUUAGAGAGCUCUUCUAUUCAAUCAGUUUAUUGCCUUUUUCAACUUGUAUAGAAUUGGCGAUUUUAACUAUAUUGACCCUCUUUUGGAACUUAUGAACGACGAGCAAAAGCAGAACAAAUCUAUUGCUUAAAAGGUACUUUCCUUAGUUAUCAAAACUCUACCUGUAGAGUAAGUAGGAGGAUUUGUAGAAAGAAUGUAAAAAAUGGCAGUAAGCGAAGACAAGAACUAAAAAAUCAUAGCAGUUUAUUGUCUAAUGAGUGUAUUACUUUCUUAUCCACAUGAAAUUAAGGAAUGGACUGAAAAUGCUAUUAGGACAAUUCUUAAAAAUAAAAACAUAUCACCAGAUACAUUGACUCUUCUCAAAGAAUUUGGAGCUGCUUUCUUAAGAAAUGCUUUACACAACAAAGUAGAAAGUAAGCUAAAACUACCUGAAGACUUAAUAAUUAGACUUGAAGAAAUAUCUAGACCACAUAACUACUUUGCUUGA